GCCUGUGCAGGAAUUUAUUGAAAAAAUAAACUCUGCCACAGAGGAGACUGUUUUUCGCCAGACACAGUGGAAAAGCGUCCCAGAGGAAGUAAAACCCGCGAGUAGACUUACUCUAAAUAGCCACAAAAUAAGAGACAAAUUAAUUAAGUUAGGCAAAAGUUAAGUUUCAGUGUGACAUCGUCCAAAAAAAUAGUCAAAAGUUAAAAGUUAAAGUGAAGAGUUCUGUGAUUUUUGUGGCUGCAAAAAUAAAGGAGUUGCUGCGCGUUCGCCAAAGCUCUUGGCAUCGAUUUUUUUUGUGGGCAUAAGCAACCCCUAGUGGAAAACCAGGAGCAGACAUGGCUUAUCGCUUGAAGGCCACCAAGUGUCCCACGGACGAGCUAUCGCUCACCAAUCGAGCCAUUGUCAGUGUGAGUGACUUUCCCGAGGAUGUCAAAUAUGCAGACAUCUCUCCUGCUCCGGGACAGCAUUUUAUUUUUGCCUUGGAGAAGACCGUCGAGGUGCCCAGCGGCUAUGUGGGCUUCUCUUUGGUCCAGCGAAAGUGGGCCAUGGUCUCCAUUAACCAGGAGCUGGAGGUGCGUCCAUAUCGGUUCGAUGCCAGCUCCGAUGUCAUAACCUGUGUCUCCUUCGAAACGGAUUUUCUGCAAAAGAAAACCGUCUCCCAGGAGCCCUAUGACUCGGACCAAAUGGCCAAGGAGUUCAUCAUGCAAUUCGCCGGCAUGGCUUUGACUGUGGGUCAAUCUUUGGUCUUCAAUUUCAAGGAUAAAAAGCUAUUGGGUCUGGCGGUCAAGUCAUUGGAGGCCAUCGAUCCCAAGAGCCUGGGCGAAGGCAAAGAGCCGGCCAUGCGCAAUGUACGCUUUGGCCGCAUCCUCGGCAACACUGUGGUGCAGUUCGAAAAGGCCGAGAACAGCUCCCUGAAUUUGCAGGGCAAGAGCAAGGGCAAGGUGGUGCGCCAGUCCAUCAUUAACCCGGACUGGGACUUUGGCAAGAUGGGCAUUGGUGGCCUGGACAAGGAGUUCAAUUCGAUCUUUCGUCGUGCCUUUGCCUCGCGUGUCUUUCCCCCGGAACUCGUGGAGCAGCUGGGCUGCAAGCAUGUCAAAGGCAUCCUACUCUACGGACCCCCUGGCACGGGCAAGACCCUGAUGGCGCGUCAAAUUGGAACAAUGCUGAAUGCCCGAGAGCCAAAAAUUGUGAAUGGUCCCCAGAUCUUGGACAAAUAUGUGGGUGAAUCAGAGGCAAAUGUUCGCCGGCUUUUUGCCGAGGCCGAGGAGGAGGAGAAGCGUCUGGGGCCAAACAGUGGCCUGCACAUCAUCAUCUUUGACGAAAUCGAUGCGAUUUGCAAGCAGCGUGGCAGUGUGGCCGGGAAUAGCGGUGUCCACGACACCGUCGUCAAUCAGCUGCUGACCAAAAUCGAUGGCGUUGAUCAGCUGAACAAUAUCCUGGUCAUUGGCAUGACCAAUCGUCGAGAUAUGAUUGAUGAGGCGCUCCUACGACCAGGUCGCCUUGAAGUCCAAAUGGAGAUCAGUCUGCCGAAUGAGCAGGGACGCGUCCAGAUCCUAAAUAUCCAUACGAAACGGAUGCGGGACUUUAAUAAGAUCAAUGACGAUGUGGACAACAAGGAGAUUGCUGCUCUCACCAAGAACUUUAGUGGCGCCGAACUAGAGGGUCUAGUGCGUGCCGCCCAGUCCAGUGCCAUGAAUCGUCUGAUCAAGGCCGAUGCCAAGGUCACCGUGGAUCCGGAGGCCAUGGAAAAGCUAAAGGUUAACCGUGAUGAUUUCCUACAUUCCCUAGAGAAUGAUAUUAAGCCGGCAUUUGGCACGGCCCAGGAGAUACUCGAUAAUAUGCUGGCUCGUGGUGUCAUCAACUGGGGCACCCCGGUUAGUAAUCUCCUCGAGGAUGGGAUGCUCUAUGUCCAGCAGGCCAAGGCUCCAGAAUCAAGUGGUUUGGUCUCUGUCCUGGUGGCAGGUGCCCCCAAUUCGGGCAAGACUGCAUUGGCUGCCCAGCUGGCCAAGAUGUCGGAUUUCCCAUUCGUGAAGGUGUGUUCGCCGGAGGACAUGGUCGGCUAUACAGAGUCGGCCAAGUGUCUGCACAUCAGGAAGAUCUUUGACGAUGCCUAUCGCUCCACGCUCAGCUGCAUUGUGGUGGACAAUGUGGAGCGUCUCCUCGACUAUGGCUCCAUUGGUCCGCGUUACUCGAAUAUGACCUUGCAGGCACUGCUGGUGCUGCUCAAGAAACAGCCGCCCAAGGGACGCAAGCUGCUCAUUCUGUGUACUUCUAGUAGAAGGGAGGUGUUAGAGGAGAUGGAGAUGCUGACGGCCUUUACCUCGGUGCUGCAUGUGCCCAAUCUCUCGCAUCCGGAGCAUGUCCUGGCCGUGCUCGAGCACACGGAUAUCUUUAGCAAGGGCGAGAUUCAGGCCAUUGGCAAGAAGAUGGCUGGCAAGCGCGUCUUUAUUGGCAUUAAGAAGCUGCUGGGCCUGAUUGACAUGGCCAGGCAGACGGAGCCAUCGCAGCGGGCCAUCAAGUUCCUGUCCAAAAUGGAGGAGGAGGGUGGCCUCGACAUGGUGGCCAGGCAGUGAAGGAGUUACCUGCGUUUUUGGCCCAAAUGCAGUCUCAAUUAUUAGCUUCUAAGUGGAGAUCUUGGGGGCAGGAAUCAGAAUGAAUGAAUCUCUCUCCAUAAAACACUGCAAACUUAUACGAAACAUAGACACAGAUAUAUAUAUAUAUACAUAAUAUCCAGGCUUCGCGUUGUUGUUUGUUCGGUCCCAGAACCAGUAACAAUCCCAGUUCCAGAAGGACAUUCCUGUGCUUCUGACUUCCCCCACAGAGCACUAUCAAAUCUGACAGAUAUGUGAGAUCCGUGACCUGAAGAAGGAGUGAAGAAGGUGGUGAGAGAGCAGAGGCAGGGCGUGAGAUACUCAAUUACAUUUAUAAAUAACACGUGUAGCUGGCAAAACUCGUUAAUAUAUAUAUAUACACUAUAUAUAUAUAUAUGUAAUAGCAUGAUAAUCUUUCUCGUUACCUUUAAUUUUAGGAUUCGCUUCGGAAACGUAUUAUAAUAUGAUAUCAGAGAGAGAGCAGAGUAAGAACACCAAAGUUUUUUGUGAACGUUGUUUAUCGGUAAUAUUAACGAAAACCCAACUAAUUAAUUGAAUAUUUAUUAAAUCCAUUAUAUUGUUAACUUAACCGCCAAUGUUAUACAUCUAAUAAUAUAUAUAUCUCCAAAUAAAGACAAAAUGAUCUCGAACUCCAA